UCCAUUUUAGAUCGAUUUACCCACAGUCAACAACAUUCAUGCCAAUCACAUACCAGAAUAUUUAGAGAUAUUGAUUGAUGUGUGUGUGGCUUUGGGAGCGAAAAAAGAUCAAGCCUCUUCCGAUAUGAAGUCACUAAUAAUGUUUGAAAAAGAAUUGGCGCAGAUCGUUGAUGAAGUUCAAAGUUCGGGUACCAAUCAUCAAAGCAUCUUCACUAUUGACAAUAUUAAAACACCGUGGCCUAAAAUUUAUUGGUUAAUGUUUUUAACUAAUGUGUCACAAAGUACUCUUUCCAAUCACGAUAGAGUUCUUUUUGCUGUGGGAAAUUACUUACCGAAAUUAGGAACGCUUCUUCAAAAAACUAAUAAGCGAACGCAGGCGAAUUAUAUCUUUUGGAAAAUUAUCGAAAGCUAUGCACCCCAUCUACCUACAUUUCUAAGAGAAAGGAUUAACAAAUAUAGGAUACUGUUGCCAGGAUAUGAUAGAGCUAAUGAUUUCAAGGAAAAUAGAGACAAUUUCUGCUUCGAAAAAACCUUAAGAUUUUUUCAGUACGUGUCCGAAGCACAAUUUGCACGCAAUAAUGAACAUAAACUACCCGAUGUGAAAGAAAUGCUGGAGAACAUUUGUUGCGCCACUAGAAAAGCAAUCUUAAAGUGCGAGUGGAUGGAUGAGGAAACAAAAGAAAAGGCAUUAAUUAAAUUGGGGAAAAUUCGUUACAUUAUCGGAGCUCCAAAAGAAGUGUACAACGAAAUUGAAUUUAACAGAAUCUUGGGUUUACACAAGGUAAAAUAUUACUCCAACAAUGUUAUUGAAAUGGAGAGAGAACUAUUUAGAAGGUCAAUAGAUCAUUCGUUUGACUUGGAGAGACCGAAAAUCACAAAAGAAAAAAUCAAGUUCUACUCAAUUAUACCAACCCAAAAUGCAGAAUUUAUUAUGGAUAGUAAUACAAUGGUGGUUCCAUCCGGAAUAUUACAAGGGGAAUUUUAUUCUUCGAACCGUCAAACUUAUUUAAAUUAUGGCGCCCUAGGCAAUAUUUUAGCCCACGAAAUGGCUCACGGAUUUGGAAUUGAAGGUUCCACGUACAGAGAAGGCAACAAAACGACCAACUGGUGGUCAGGACAAACCAAAAAGAGUUUCUUCAAGACUGUGGAGUGUUUACUUAAGAAUUGUAGUGCCGGAAAUGAACAGAUCAAUUGUAAAUCAACAUUGGAUGAAAACUUUGCUGAUUACGCCGGAGUUCAAUUGGCGUUUGAUGCGUAUCAGGAAUGGGUCAAUAAAUAUGGAGUGGAAACUUCACUUCCAGGUUUAAAAUACGAUGAUCCAAAUCAGAUUUUUUUCACAAAAUAUGCGACGUUAAUGUGUCGCAAGAGCAGACAAUACGACGAUACGAGACACUUGCAUCCAAGGGAUAGGAUAUUCGGAGCUUAUAGAAAUAAUAAACUUUUCUCAAACAUAUUUUACUGCCAAGACAACGCAAUCAUGAAUCCUAACAAUAAAUGUGUUGUGUUGUAAUUUAAUAAAGUAUUAUUUUUUAUA